UUAGCUGGUGUGCCGCUGGCCGGUGGGGCCCACUCGCGCGGCGGGUUCUGGAAGGUUCGGGAAGGUUCGUGGGGAGGAGCGGGAGGCGGGCGGGAGGAUGAUCGUGUCGGCGCUCGCGACGUCGGUGGGGAUCAACCUGGGGCUGACGGUGCUCCUCGCCGCGGCGUACGCGCUGCUCCGCCGCCGCCCGCCGUACGUCGGCGUGUACUCCCCGCGCAGGCCGUACGCGCCGCUCGAGCCGUGGCUGCCCGCCGCGUGGCGCCGCACCGAGGACGACGUCCACGCCGCCGCGGGCCUCGACGGCGUCGUCUUCGUCCGCAUCUUCGUCUUCAGCAUUAGGGUGUUCGCGGCGGCCGCGGUGCUGGGGGUCGGAGUGCUGAUGCCGGUGAACUUCCUCGGGGACCAGCUGCGGCAGAUUGACUUCUCCGAUCUGCCGAAUAAGUCCGUCGAUCUCUUCAGCGUCUCCAACGUGCAGGAUGGCUCCAACAAAUUGUGGCUCCACUUUUCUGCUGCGUACAUCAUAACUGGAAUUACAUGCUACCUCCUUUAUUAUGAAUACAAAUAUAUUUCUGGCAAGAGGCUCGAAUAUUUUAUGACAUCAAAACCACUACCUCAGCAUUUCACAGUUCUAGUUCGAGCUAUCCCUGUAACCAAUGGUGGCUCUGUGAGUGAUUCUGUUGAUAAGUUCUUCAAAGAGUAUCAUCCAUCUACCUACAUGUCACACACUAUUGUUCAUCAAACUGGCAAACUCCGCCGCCUUCUUAAUGACGCUGAGAAUAUAUGUACAAAGCUUGCCAACUUAAAGUCUGUACGGCGUCGUUCCGUAGAUCCUCCAAGAAGAUUUCUUGGAAUAUUUGGUGGAAAUGAUCUGGUUGGAAAGUAUCAGAAAAGGCUGGAGGACAUAGAAGAAAAUGUCAGAAUGGAACAAUCAGAUGCUACUAGGAGCAGACAGGAAGUUCCUGCCGCUUUUGUGUCAUUCAGAUCUCGAUAUGGUGCUGCAAAUGCUAUUUACAUUAGACAAUCAGACAACCCUACUGAGUGGCAGACUGAGCAUGCUCCUGAUCCUCAUGACGUUUACUGGCCUUUCUUUUCUACAUCCUUCAUGGAAAGAUGGAUAUCCAAGUUUGUAGUCUUUGUAGCUUCUGUUCUCCUGAUACUCGUCUUUCUCCUAGUUUCGGCAUUUGUUCAAGGACUCACCUAUUUGGAACAACUAGAGACAUGGCUGCCUUUCCUGAAGAACAUACUGAAAAUAGCUGUUGUCAGUCAAUUGGUUACAGGAUAUCUUCCCAGUGUCAUUCUUCACUUUCUUUCCUCCUACGUGCCCUCAAUAAUGAAGACAUUUUCAAUUAUGCAAGGGUUCAUCUCUGUGAGUGGGAUAGAAAGAAGUGCUUGCAACAAAAUGCUUCGGUUUACAAUAUGGAGUGUGUUCUUCGCAAAUGUUCUUACUGGCUCAGUACUCGGUCAACUCGAGAUAUUCCUUGAUCCAAAGGAAAUUCCUUCAAGGCUUGCAGUUCUUGUACCAGCACAGGCCUCUUUCUUUAUUACAUAUGUUGUAACAUCUUGGACAAGUCUAGCAUCAGAACUUACUCAAACUGCUGCCCUUUUAUACCAUUUGUGGGGUAGCUGUGCAAAAUGUUGCAAGAGGGAUGAAUCGAAACCUCCAUCAAUGCAUUACCAUAGUGAAAUUCCUCGGGUUCUCCUGUUUGGACUUCUUGGGCUCACAUACUUCAUUGUAUCUCCACUUAUUCUCCCAUUUGUACUGGUAUACUUCUGCCUUGGAUACUUUAUAUAUCGUAAUCAGCUUUUUAAUGUAUAUUCACCCAAGUAUGACACUGGUGGAAGAUUCUGGCCAAUUGUGCAUAAUGGAACAAUAUUUUCUCUGGUGCUGAUGCAUAUAAUUGCAAUUGGAGUAUUUGGAUUGAAGAAACUUCCUCUAGCAUCAAGUUUGCUGGUACCUCUUCCAGUGCUAACCCUUCUGUUCAAUGAAUACUGCCGGAAUAGAUUUUUACCGAUCUUCGAAGCAUAUUCUACUGAGUCAUUGAUAAAGAAAGACAGAGAAGAACAGAGUAAACCAGAAAUGGCAGAAUUCUUCAGCAACCUUGUAACUGCAUACAAUGACCCAGCAAUGAAACCCAUCCAACUAUCCACAAAUUCAGAUGAUCGUACUGCACCUCUAUUGUCUCCUGCUUAGAUCCAGAUAAGUAAUAUCUUCAUCCUGACUCUAAACGGCGUAAUUUUGGUUUGACGCCGAUAAUCAGAUAUGAAACAGUACAUUUUGUGCUUUCUUGUGAUGUUACACUUGUAAAGUUCCAAGACCUGACUGUAUUGUUGUUGCGCGGGUUUGAUUUGUACAUCUUAAUUUGUGCUCAUUGCUUAGAGAUGAAUAAUGCAUUGCUCCUUAAUGAAGUAGUGCCGGCAAUGCAAACUUGUAUGGGUUUGUACUUGUAGAGAUGUCAAUUAUCUUCUUUCUUUGAGUGAUUGUAUCACCUAAUCAUCUGAGAUCAAUAAAAGCUUGCUUUAUCUAAAAUUUAUUUUUGUG